AUGGACUCGCGCACGCCUCCUCAGCCAUUUCGGUCAUUUUCAACAAACUCAAACUUAUCAGUGGUUAGCUCGUCCACCUCGUCCACAAGCACCACGGCUAAUACAAACGGACCCUUGUUGCAGUCCACGGCCAUGAGAACCAACCUGUCGGGUCCGUUAAACAUCAACAAUUUCAACAAACCUAGCAAUUAUAAGGACCACUUGUACUACAAAUGCGAGGCCUUGAAGCGGAGAUUACUGGCAAUCAAGGGAAUAACGCCGUUUAUGAACCUCGCAUUCAACAAUGCGGAAAAGUUGUGUGAUCAGCAGUCGCUAAGCUUGGCCCAGGAAGGCAACGUGGCCAGCUUGGACCGGUUUUCCAUGCAGUCAUCGAAUUCCAUGGGCAGUGGCAAUUUGCUUCAACAACAGAGCAGGUCUGCUAGUAACGGCACCGGUAAUACUCGCAGCUCGAGCCAUAGCUAUGGUGUUGCAAAUAUCCAUGAAAGCUUGCUAACAUUCACCGCGGGUGUGCUACCCGCGAAUAUCAGUGUUGACCCGGCAACGCAAUUGUGGAAGUUGUUCCAACAAGGUGCUCCCUUGUGCCUUAUAUAUAACCAUGUCUCGGGUUCCACAGACAACCAGUUGGUUGUCGUUAGCUCGGACGACUUACGAAUUUGCAAAAAGUCGGUUUACGAUUUCAUUGUUGCGGUGAAAACGCUCUUUGCUUUUGAAGAAGACGAGUUGUUCACCAUAUCAAAUGUGUUUUCCGAUAGCACCCAGGACUUGCUCAAGAUCAUUUCGUUUGUCAAUAAACUAUUGGAUAGCGGCCUGCAGCCAACAACACUCGGACAAAAGGAGCAAGACGACAUCAAGUUGGAUGUGCAGAUUGCCGACGAGCGGUCCAAAGUGUUUCGAGAAAUCAUUGAAACCGAAAGGAAAUACGUGCAAGAUUUGGAGUUGUUGUUGAGCUACAGAAACCAGUUGUCCGAAGCGGACUUGCUCUCGCUGGAGCAAAUUCACACAUUGUUCCCCAACUUGAACGAUAUAAUCGACUUCCAAAGAAGAUUUCUCAAUGGACUCGAAUGCAAUAUAAAUGUACCGGUCAAGUACCAAAGAAUCGGCUCGGUCUUUAUCCACGCAAGUCUUGGUCCAUUCAGAGCCUACGUGCCGUGGACAAUUGGACAGCUUACGGCAAUUGACUUGAUCAACAAGGAAAAUGCAAAUUUAAAGAGAUCCUCAAGCUUGAUUGACCCUGGGUUUGAACUUCAAUCGUACAUCUUGAAACCGAUACAGAGAUUGUGCAAGUAUCCAUUGCUUUUAAAAGAGUUGAUCAAAACAACCACACCCGAACUGUCCAAUGGAGAGCCGGCAGACUCCCAGGCUUCUGAAUUGCACGUGGCAAGAUCGGCAAUGAAGGAGGUGGCCAACCAAGUCAACGAAGCACAGCGAAGAGCAGAAAAUGUGGAAGUGCUCCGCAAGUUGAUGGAAAGAGUCAAUAACUGGAAAGGAUUCAAUCUACGCGACCAAGGCGAGCUCCUCCAUCAUGGGAUAGUCAGAGUCAAAGACGCAGAAAAUGAAAAGGAGUACGUGGCCUACCUCUUUGAAAAAAUCAUCUUCUUUUUCAAGGAAGUGGGCACGGAGAAGGAGAAACCAGACAAAAAGAACAAGUUUGGAAGCAGAAAGAAAUCGAGCUCGACAGUGUCACAAUCAACGGCAAACUUGCUUGAAUCGUUGAACGGGAAAAACGAUCGCACACCGUUGGAACUCCGGGGUAGGGUCUACAUUUCGGAGAUAUACAACAUCAGCCCGCACUCCAGUAAUGGGUACACAUUGGUGAUUGCAUGGUCUGGCAAGAAGGAAAGCGGUUCGUUUACACUAAAGUACCGGUCAGAAGAGGCACGCGCGCAAUGGGAACAAUGCCUACGAUCGUUGAAAACAAGUGAGAUGAACAACCACAUUUCACGUAAACUACGUGACUCGCAGCUGUCUGCAAACACCAACGACUCAUCCAUCUAUGAGUACAUGGGCGGCGAGUCGCCAAAGGCCUUGACCGGUGACCAGCAGCGCAACUCGUUCAACGAAACUCGACACCACUCUUCGUCUUCAACGCAAUCGAUGAUGAUGAUGAUGCGCAACGGCAACAGAUCAAAAUCAGGCGAGUUUUCCCGUCUAUCUACAUCGUCCUCAACAUCCUACAACAACAGCUCCAGCACUACACCCGUGUCAUUGGCGCCAACGUUGCCGUCGCCGGAUGUCAGCAUACGCUUAAUCUUUAACAACGCCGAGCUUGCAGAUUGUUUAAUGGUGAGCUCGCAGAUCCAAUUUGCCGAUUUGCACCUGAAGAUAGCCCUGAGGAUAUCGGCGAGUGGGCUCGUGAGAGACCAUCUUGUGAUCAACAAGCUACGGUAUAAAGACGAAGAUGGUGAUUUCGUGGUGAUGGACUCAAACGAUGACUGGAACCUUGCUAUGGACGAGUUGGACGCUUCUCGUGCACUAACCAUUUGGGUGUCCUAG